GGUCACAUGAUAUGGGCGGAAACUGACUCAUAGUCCACGCUGAAUCUCCCGCGAACGCAGCCAUUUACCUCUUUUCUCUCUAAGCAGUGACACCGAAAAAUCGCAACCACGGCGGACUCAAUGGCACAGUGUGUUCCGGUGGUGAUCUUCAAGUUGGUGUUGGUAGGAGAUGGAGGCACCGGAAAAACAACUUUUGUGAAGAGGCACAUUACAGGAGAGUUUGAGAAGAAAUAUGUUGCCACCCUGGGAGUAGAGGUGCACCCGCUGAUGUUCCACACCAACAGAGGACCUAUCAAGUACAAUGUGUGGGACACAGCUGGUCAGGAGAAGUUUGGAGGCCUGAGAGACGGCUACUAUAUUCAAGCUCAGUGUGCUAUCAUCAUGUUUGAUGUUACCUCUCGAGUCACCUAUAAGAACGUGCCCAACUGGCAUCGUGACCUGGUCCGUGUCUGUGAGAACAUUCCCAUUGUCCUCUGCGGCAACAAGGUGGACAUCAAAGACAGGAAAGUCAAAGCCAAGAGCAUUGUGUUUCACCGCAAGAAGAACCUGCAGUACUACGACAUUUCUGCCAAGAGUAACUACAACUUUGAGAAACCUUUCCUGUGGCUAGCAAGGAAGUUGAUCGGUGAUCCCAACCUGGAAUUUGUGGCAAUGCCUGCUCUCGCUCCCCCAGAGGUCCAGAUGGACCCCAGCCUUGCUGCGAAGUACGAGGAAGAACUUCAAGUUGCAUCACAAACAGCACUCCCAGAUGAAGAAGAUGACCUCUAACCUGUUACCUGGAUUUUCCCCUCUCUCUCUCUCACCCCCAAACGUGGACAGGAAGUUGUUGGAGUUUUGCCCCCCCCUUUACUGUAAAAUCCCUUUUCAGAUUUUUUAUUUUUGAAUUUUUUUUGUUGUUUUAAAACUAAAGAAAAAAAAACUUGGUGGAAAAAGUUGUGGUUCUAAUUUCACUGUAUGAGACACACCCGCCCUAGUGUUGUUGUUGGCAUGGCAACAUGCUACUCUUCAUCAUCGAGCACCCUCCACUGCACUUGCCCAGCUCACAUAAUGCUGUUGUACGGUGUACUGGAAACACUAAGGGGAGUUAACUUUGAAUAAAAACAUUCUCAAUAUAA